GCACCACCACCCUCUUCACAGCGUCCGGAGGCGGUUUCCGUCGGUCCACCGCCGCCCCUCCUGCUCCCACUUACCCCUCAAUUCUCAGCAUCCCAUCCAAAGCUGGUCUUCCUCCUUCCUGACCAACAAUCUCUCUUCCAAAACUCCCAUUGGCAGUGCAAGAAUCACAGCAGCGGCAACAAGACUAUCAUCUUCACCUUCAUUAUUACUGCCAUUGUCAACGAAAUCAUCGACAUCGUCAGCCAACAUGGAUAACAAAGUUAAGCAACAUUAUCUGGCUGACUCACCCCCCACGGUGGUCCGCUUAGAAGUCAAGUCACAUUUCGAGAACCUAAAGGAUGCAAAGCUGCGUAAAUACGCGCACUAUAUGAGUCGCGCCGCUUUUGAAGGAACUCGAAUUACGCUGCGCCAGGUCUCCCCAGAGUCAGAACCCAUCUACGAUCUCAUCAUUGAACUUCAUCGGGCCUGCAAAGGUGAUUGGACAGAUCUUGCACAGAGAACUAAUGUCGGUCAUGAGCAUCUUCGUUACUUCCUGGAAUAUGCUGCGCAGUUCCUUGGCAACUGUGGUAACUACAAGGGCUUUGGCGACUCGAAAUUCAUCCCUCGCUUACCUUUUGAGGCUUUUGAAGCUCUCGCUUCUGCCACAUCCCAGACAAAGGCCGCCUUCAGCCGCGCCAACAGCGCCGGAGGUGGCAUUUAUGAAACAGAUGCUCAAUCGCGUAUGCACUUGGGUUACGCAGAUGGAAACCAUAUGACCACGUAUUAUCCUGAUUCGCCGUCGAUCACCAAGGAAGAAAUCACAGCCGUCGGUGACUUUUUGGAGCGGAAAGGAUUGCCUUUGGAGAACACGCGAUUGAAGAAGACCGAUAAUGGGGAUUUCGAACUUCUCAUCGCCUCCGGUGUCUCCUCACCCCCAGCACGGGACCGAGAUCUAGGCGAUGUCGCUAGCUUCGACCUCGAAGGGAGGCUCAGGGGCCACAAGCUCCGUCUUGUCUUCGGCGAUCAUCAGGAGGAGAUGGCCAAAAUCGCUCACAGUAUCAAGCAAGCUUCUCUCAAUGCUGCUAACGACACCCAGAAGCGGAUGCUGGAUGCUUACGCUCUGUCAUUUGGAUCUGGCUCCAUUGAGGCAUUCAAAGAGAGUCAGCGCAUCUGGGUCAAGGAUCAGAAGCCAGCAUUGGAGACCAAUUUAGGUUUUGUCGAGACGUACAGAGAUCCUCAUGGGGUGAGGGGAGAAUGGGAGGGGUUUGUCGCACUGGUCAAUUUGGAGCGGACUCGUGCUUUCGGCAAACUGGUAGACAGUGCUGAGACCAUGAUUCCCAAAUUACCAUGGAGCAGAGAAUUUGAGAAAGAUAAAUUUCUCAGUCCAGACUUCACAUCUCUUGAGGUGUUGAGCUUUCAAUGCUCUGGCCUUCCCGCUGGUAUUAAUCUUCCCAAUUAUGACGAUAUUCGGCAAACCCUUGGUUUCAAGAAUGUUUCCCUUGGCAAUGUUCUGAGUGCCAAGGCCCCCAACGAGCCCAUUCCAUUCAUAUCCGAGAAAGAUUUGAAGGUGUACAGCGAAAACCGCGAUGCUGCGUUUGAGGUUCAGGUUGGCAUUCAUGAGCUGCUCGGUCAUGGGACCGGAAAGUUACUGCAAGAGACGUCUCCUGGAAUGUACAACUUUGAUAUUUCUAAUCCUCCCGUAAGCCCAGUGACUGACAAGCCUGUCACAACAUGGUACAAACCUGGCCAAACGUGGGGAUCCGUGUUUGGAGCUGUCUCCUCGUCUUACGAGGAAUGCCGUGCGGAAUGCGUCGCAAUGGUGCUUAGCUGUGACUUUGACAUUUUGAAGCUAUUUGGCUUUGGUGAUGGCCAGGUGGACCUUACGAGCGCGGCUGGUGAUGUACUCUUCGCGGGAUACCUCUCAAUGGCCCGCGCCGGACUGGUUGCGCUCGAAUUUUGGGACCCCAAGACUCAGAAAUGGGGACAGGCGCAUAUGCAGGCCCGCUACAGUAUCCUACGGACAUUCCUUGAUGCAGGUGACGACUUUGUCAAGCUCUCGUAUAGCAAAUCGGAUCUUUCUGAUUUAGAGAUUCAUCUGGAUCGCUCGAAAAUCUUGACACAUGGUCGGCCGGCCGUCGAAAAGUACUUGCAGAAGCUGCAUGUAUACAAGAGCACGGCGGAUUUCGAAUCAGGCAAGAAGUUGUACGAUGAAAUCACGUCCGUCGAUGCGUGGUGGGGUAAAGAAGUUCGCGAGGUGGUGCUGAAGAAUAAAGUGCCUCGCAAGAUCUUCGUCCAGGCAAACACCCUCUUGAAUGGAGAUGAAGUGACACUCAAAGAGUACGAACCUUCGCUUGAAGAGGCCAGGCGCUCCCUUCUCGAUUCUGUCACAGAGCUCGUCACCUUGUCGCGGUUACCCAACCCAUCUGGCUCGCCUCCCACGGCGCGGCCCCCUCGUCGAACGACGGACUCCAUAGCGGAAAUAGACCAGGACAGGGACCAAUUUCAUAUCGCUCUGCCACCUCACUCUCCUUGCUCGGAGGCUUCCUCUUUCAGCUUUCUUUCGUCAAAUCCCCCUCCAUUCUCGUCUAUUGUUUUCCUCGCAGCGUCCGAUUCUUAUCGCACAAAGAGUACCAUCAUACCGUCCUCAUCCACUCUCACCCCAGCUCUCGUUGCUUCCCCAGUCGACGAGCAUCCUCAAUCGGAACCAUCGACCUCAUUAGUUGCGGAUUUCAAAGCUUCUUUCUCCCGUGACAUUAAGCACGACGCGACAAAGUCUGUGGAAGAAGGCGAGCCUCCACCACCAUAUACUGAAGGAUCAAGCCCGCUCGAAUCAUUCACAUACGUGAUGGCAGCAGCAGGAGGCGCGUCGAGUAUUAUCACUCAGGUACAGCAGGCUGGAGGGCCUCCAAUUAAUACUUUAGGGGAAAUUGGUGGCGAUGAGCACAUUACUCUAGACCUCCGAGGUACUCGGUUUACACUUUCUCGCGAUGAGUUAUUGACUCUGCCGGAAUUUGUCCUUCUGUCAUUGUUUCCGAAUGGGCUUCUCCCCGAUGGACAUAUGGGCACCUUUCAUGAAGGCGACAUCUACCCUGUUGAUUACGAUCCGGCUUCUUUACAGUAUAUGCUGGAUUUUUUCCGCUCGGUUGCCCAGUCAAUACCCUCUUCUCCAUCUCCCUCGACCUCCCAGGAUAUCGACGUGGCCCCCGAUUCUAUGCAAGCAUCUGCCAGAGAUAUGCUCCAGGACCGGGCCGGCAUUAUUGUCCUGCGCGAAGAUCUAGACUUUUACGCGAUACCUCCUCGUCCUGAUAUAGACCAUACCGAGAUGACGGAAGUCAAGCGCGCUGCCGCGAAAGCCUUGCUGAAGCAGGAUGGGAUAUUCUCUGGCUUGAGAAAAAGCGACGAAGCAGGUUCAACGGAACAACACCUGAUUGAGAUGCUUACUGCGGGCGGGUUUGAUCGUGAUGAUCGAUGGGGCCACCGUGCUCCGGAACCCAAUAAGGCAGUCAUCUGUAGCUUGGCAUUAGCCAAGCUUCGAACUGACAUUCGAAGUGAUUUGGAGAACAGCAAUGCGGUAGGAAUGGCUCAAAAACUCCUUCUCUUCUGGCGAAAGCCAGCACGAAGAUGUUGGUGGGAAGGUGUUGAGCUGCAUGAUGUGGAAGGGGUAGAAGGCAAGGUUAAAAUCUGGAUUCGACGAGUAUGGACACUGGAGAUGAGCGUGAUUGGGCUCCGGUAGCCAGUGUUUGUGAUUUCUUUUUCUGGUUCAAUAUCCUUUCCUAAGCAUAUGUAUUGAUUAUAGCUUUACAUUGAACAUGUUCUUUCCUACGCCGGUGUCGCAUUCUGGGACAUUUUAGAGCCACAACUUCAUCGGCAUUUUCGCUUUCUUCGCUGUUUUGUUCACUUGCCGAGCCGGCGGGUUCCCAUCAUAGCUCGAGUCUGCCCAAGCACCGGCUAACAGACAAGUGGCAAUGGUGUCUUCGUUUAUCAUGCAUGUCAUAACUCGAAAGGCAUCUUAACGUCAUCCAACGAGUUGGUUCUUUGAUGCAAGCUGCCCUUGCCGCAAGGAAUUGCGAGGUCACAAAAGACCCUGUUUCUCUAAGAGAUAUAUCUGGAGUCAAAUGCUAAAUCUAUCUUCGCG